ACGCCGCAGAGUCGGUCCGCCAGUUCGUCCUCGCGCUCGGCGGGUCGAUCCUCCUCGACUUUGUCUGGUUCAUCACGCACACGACCACCUCGUCGGUUCGCCUCGUCAUCUUCCUCAACUGGCUCCUCAAGUUCAUCACGGUCGCGACCGCCCUGUCGUCGCUCCGAGCGCGCGGCCAAGGCUCGUUCAACCUGCCCGGCGGCAUGGGCGGCCCCGGCGGCUUCUCGAUCCCGGGCGGCAUCGCCGACCGCCUCCCGACUGGGUUCCCGCCCUUCGGCCAGCAGCAGCACCAGCAGCAGGAGAGCGAGACGGUGUGGUCCGCCCCAGCUCAGCAGCCGACGUCGUACCAGCCUCGGUUCUCGCUCGACGAGGAGGCGUCGGCCGGCAGCGCGACGCCGCCGCACCAGGCCGCACCGACCUCGACCUCGUUCGGCGGCGGCGGCGGCGGCGCGGGCGGCAAGAAGGGCGGCCUCGCGGCGCACUCGGCUCCGCAGGCCGAGGGAGGGGGUUAUCACUCGCUCGAGUGAGCGUGCGCUGUGCAGGAGCGAGCGAGACUGUGCAACGAGCCGAGUUGUCUUCGUC